CACAUUCAUUCUCUCACGCUGACAUACACAUACAUCCUGUAAUACCAUCCGCGCGAUGCUUAACUUUUCAUCUUCCUUGGAGAAAAGGUUGAGUUUCUGCUAGUAAAAUUUGUCUGUCUGCUCGUAAUGCACGGGACUGCUUAGAGUACUAAUCUUGUGCUUUAGGAAUCCAAAAAAGGGGUGUAAUAUGGCAAUGAUAUUGGUUUAGCAAACAAGAUUGGAGAUUAGUAGUACCGUAUUGAAACUGGCCAGUGCGCUGUAUCAAAGUAUGAGUGGGACGAGAAUGGGUGAUAGACUAAGCAGUUUGCCGGAUGAUCUUAUUCAUAAAAUCUUGUCUUUUGUUUGCAUCAAACAUGCUGUUCAAACGAGUGUUUUGUCACCCAGAUGGAGAUUUAUUUGGACUUCAAUGCCUUAUCUCAAUUUCUUAAGUGAGGAUUUCCCUUCGUUGCCCCAUUUCGCCAAAGCAGUUACCAAUGUAUUGUCUCGCCGAAAUGAUCGAAUAGAAGUGGCAUCUUUGACGCUUAGUCUCCAUGGAAGGGUUAGUCUGGCGUUUGUCAAACGAAUUCUCAACUACGCGUUCUCCCACAAUGUCCAACAUAUGACUGUUACAUGCCUGAUUGAGAAGAAGAUUGAACUCCCUCUUUCUCUCUUUCGUUCUCGGUCCCUCAAACAUCUCACUUUAGUCGGUUCUGUUGAUCGUUCGGUUGCAUCAACUUGGGAGCUUCCAGCCUUAACGACAUUGCAUCUCGGUUAUGUCACAUUGUAUAAAGAUGAAGAUGAAGAAGAUGAUGAAGAUGAGGAUGAGGAUGAAGAUGAUGAAGACAACAAUAUUUUUUCCAAGUGCCCAAACAUGAAGAGUCUCACUUUAGAUGGCUGCAAGAUAAUGGGAUCGAAUGGUUUAAGUAUUUGUCAUCCUCAACUUUCUAAUCUCACGUUUGAAAAUGGAUACUGGGGGUUGAAUUUUUUCUAUGUGGUUGUACCUCAACUCAAGAAUCUCACUAUUGUAAAUUGUGAUUGGGUGCAUCUUUCUGCACCUGAUCUUACCUCCUUUAUAUAUAGAAGUGGUUAUUCUUUGAAAUUCUAUACGGACAGUUUACCCUCUUUGGAGGAGGUUGAUCUUUGUAUACGCAAACCUUGCAAGACAGAAAUCAGUGCUAUUGUUGGUUUACUUCAGCAGUUCCAUAGAGUCAAAUAUCUUACAGUUAACUUGGAAACUAUAGAGGUUCUCUGUUCCUCAGUCGAACUAAUCUCAAAUCAACCUUCUCCAUUUGCUAACUUGAGGAGUUUAAAGAUUCAUCCCGUGGACAUACAAUUGGUGGGGCAGGCACAAAAGAAAGUAGUUGUGUUUAAUGAAGUCAAAAGCUAUUUGCUAGGCGGUUCUCCAAGUGCCUCAUUAACACUGGUUACACAUGAGGAGAUUAAAGCGCGGGACACAUCACUAGCACAACACCUUAUGACAGAACUAUGGGUAAUGCUAGAGCAGGAUAAAGCUAACAUCAACUUGGAUCAUAUGGAGCGAGGGAAAGCACCAAUCGAGAAUUGUUGGGAAGAUCUAACUACACGGAGUCAGCUUGAGAAAACAAAGAAUUGCGACAUCAUUUCAAAGUUGCAACACAUUGAAGGUGUACUGACAAAGUUGCCAACAUCAGACAAGGCUAAAAUGCAAUCAUCGUUUUCUAGUUUGUGUGCAGAAGCCAACCUUGUCAUGAAGAAAAUAGAUCGUACGCAUAUCCAGUGUGGUACCCUAGGGAUGCGUUUUAGUGUCUACGAUGAUGAACUUGCUAAAGCAUUGCAUCGGUCUUCUAAGCAGAUAUAAGUUGUUGAUUUUCUAUAGCUUGUAAGUGUUAAAGCUGUUCUUUUGUUUUGAUUUCAGGUUCCUGCAGUAGUCUUCAACACUUCAUGUUCGUAUUAGGAACUAAAGUGUUGGGUGCCUAGUGUGUGUUAGAACUUGUUUCAAAAGUGGGUUUUUGAUGGAUGUUGAACUCACAACGAUCGUUAGUAUCCUUGUAUUUGAGUAAA